AUGACCAAACAAUGGGAUCUUUCACUCCUUAAUAAUCUGUUUCUUCCCCAUGAGUGGAAGAGUAGAAGAAUUCUGAUGCUGAUGGUCUGCAAUUCGGCCAGGCAGAUCUAUUCCCUCUCGGUCAAGUUGAAUGGAAGAAAAUUUGGAGCUUGUCAAUUCCAAAUAAGAUUUGGGGACUUGGUCAAAUUUAUCAUUGAUAGAUGGAAGAAUCUAGAGCUGUUUGCUGUUAUAGUGUGGACAAUCUGGUAUAGGAGAAAUCUCCUUCGCACAUUAGACAAGCCUUUCCUUAUUUCUCAAGUUCUUCCUAAUGCAAUUGCAGUUCAUGUAGAUUUUAUCCAUACUCUCUCUGAUGAUUUGCCAGCUCUAAAUCCACAUGGCUCAUCCAGAGUAGUGUGGUUUCCUCCCUCUUACUUGAUUUUUAAAGUUAACUUUGAUGGUGUUGUGUUUAAGGAGAGUAAUUUAGCUCGGAUAGGGGUUGUAAUUCGAGAUGAUCUUAGACAAGUUAUGGCUUCCAUGUCUAAAAAUAUUCAUUUGCCUUCCUCAGUUGAUAAAGUUGAAGCUUUGGCUAUUUUAAGAGCCUUAUGUUUUGCUCAAGAAGUAGGUUUUUCUUCUGUUAUCCUUAAGGGUGACUCCAAGAGAGUUAUAAAGUCUUUAAGGAGUGAAGAGUCUUUUUCUGUUUCUUUUGGUCAUUUGAUUGAGGAUGCAAAGGUUAUAGUAGUAUCCUUUGUUGGUUUUACUGUUUCUCAUGUUAAGAAACAAGGAAAUUUUGUUACUCACAAUCUUGUUAGACAUGUUAGUGAUUUAAAGGUGUGGAUGGAGGGUGUUCCUUCACAUCUUAAUGUUGUAAUUAUUGCCCACUUGGCAUCCCUUGUUUAA